GUCAACUCUGAGUCUUGAGUUCCCCAGCACGGCACGUCAUAAUAGAGAGUGGCAGCGGUUGCAGAUACGUCGAUCUCUUCAGCUCUUUUGAGGUUUUGGGGAGUGCUUGUUAUUUUUAAUGUCCAAAUAUUUUUAACAGAAUGUCAACCUACUCCAUCCUCUAUGGAUCCAGCAGACGUUCCACUCUAGGAAGCAGCUCUGUGGAACAUUCAUCAGAUCACAAGUUUCUGCAGGCUGCAAAUUAUCUAAUGUCAGAUGGCGAUCCAAAAGCUCUUGAUGUAACAUCAGUCACAUACAACAACGAAUUUGUAGUAAAGAUGCCAAAAGACACUUCCACUCCCACUGUAGCAGACAAGGAUAAAUGGACGUUCUUGGGAUUGCCUGUUUAUGAAUGGCCAGUUUGGUUGCAACUAAUUUUCCUGAUUGGUGGUGUUUUCAUUUUCUACCUCUUCUAUGGAUACAUGCAGGAACUUAUAUUUCAAUUAGAGGGAAUGAAAUCAUACGGUUGGUUCCUGACUUUAAUCCAGUUUAUUUGCUACUCUAUAUUUGGAGCCACUGAUCUUAGUUUAAAGACAGAUAGGAAAAGAAAAAUACCAUUAAUGACAUAUUUAUUAUUAGCAUUCCUUACCGUCUCAACGAUGGGCUUAUCAAACGCAUCUCUUGGAUACUUGAACUACCCAACUCAAGUUAUUUUCAAAUGCUGUAAAUUGAUACCAGUAAUGAUUGGUGGAGUACUAAUCCAAAGUAAAAGAUAUAGUAUAGUAGACGUGAUGGCCAUGUUGUUUAUGACUUUUGGGCUGAUAUUCUUCACAUUAGCCGACAGUCAAGUCUCGCCAUCUUUCAAUGAAACAGGAGUAUUAAUGAUCUCAUUAGCAUUGUGUGCGGAUGCUGUAAUUGGGAAUAUUCAGGAGAAGACUAUGAAAGCUUACAAUGCAACAAAUACUGAAGUGGUUUUGUAUUCAUAUGCCAUUGGUAGUACCUAUAUAUUUCUAGGCCUGCUACUUCAUGGUAGUUUAUUUGAAGCAUUUAUUUUUUUCUAUCGGCAUCCGUAUGAGACAUUUGGUUAUGCAAUCGCCUUCUCUCUAACUGGAUACAUUGGCAUUCUCUUCGUCCUGUCUCUAGUCCGUCAGUUUGGUGCCCUCACAGCUGUAACUGUAACUACCUGUCGUAAAGCUGUUACUAUGGUGUUGUCCUUUCUGUUCUUUACAAAACCAUUUACAAUGCAGUAUGUUUGGUCUGGUAUGCUAGUCCUUCUGGGUAUAUUCAUCAAUGUGUAUAGUAAAAAUAAAAGAGCUAUGGAUCCGUGGUUCACCUUGCAGAUAAGAAAGUGUAGGAUGCUGUUAUUAAGGCAGAGAGAAAGCUUACCUAAAGCUCCUGAGCUACAUGUUUAACCCAAAGAUGGGAGAACCAUACAUUACUUAUCUUCUUCGUUCCCUCUGGUACGCAAGUCUGCAACAACAAUCCUCCAUUAAUUUCUGGUCUUCUUUUCUGCCUCAUCCAAUGUGAGAUUUUGAUUCUCCAGCUCUGACAAGACAGUUUUCCUCCAUGUGGUUGGAUGAUUUGGAUGAUAGAUGGGGAUGAGGGUUGGGGAUAAGAAAUGCAAGGUUUGAAUUUCCUCAAAAUGCUCCAUCAGCAAAUAGAUGCUGCAGGGUAUGGCUUUACUACAGCAAAUUUGUAUUCUUCUAAAGCAAAAAGCUUCGUAAAUUGUUUUAAGAAUAGGCCUACAUUAUUCUAUAAAAGUAAAGCUGGACACUCACUGCAUCCCACGACGCUAGUACGACCGUCGCACGACGUGCUUAUUUGACAUUUGAAGUAUAUUAAUAGAUGUUUAAGAUAUAUAUUUGCUGCGAAGCAGCCAAUUUAUAUUCUUGACAGCAAUUUGACCUCUGAAUGAAAGGUCAUUGUUUGUCAAAAAACGAGUGCCUAAGACGACUGAAAAGCGGAGUUUCCUUCUUUCGUUCU